UCGCAGCAGUACACAGUGAAUGGCUGGCGAUGAAACCACGGCGCUGCCGUGGCUGCCUAUGCCAGCGCGGAGCUCACCACAGGGUUGAAUUGGCGACUGCAACCGUGGCGAAGUUCGGAGGACAUCACGGCCGUGUCUUGUAACGAUCCCAAUUUGUGUUUGUGUCAUUGCCGCUUCGAUUUUUCGUUAGAUCCGCAGCUUGAAAGAGAUCGCCAAUUGCAAUGGCAGUGACGGCGAUGGCGAGCCUUGCGUCGUCCUGCUCGGUGUUUCUCGAGGGCGAGGCUCUGCGUGUGCGGGGAUCGGUCUCGGAUAAUUCCCUGCGUCGCGGCAACGGAAUUGUGAGAUGCGUGCAGGCCAAGAGCGAAAGUGAGAAGCCCACGGUAUUUUCCAGGAGGCAGGCUGCGUGCGCUUUGGUUGCGGGGGCUCUCGUUCUACCGGUUGCCCCGAUGGCCCGUGCAUUACUUGAAGCUGACGACGACGAUUCUCUUCUUGAGAAGGUGAAGGAGGAUAAGAAGAAGCGCAUCCAGAAGAGGUCGACGGCAAUCAACGAGUUCGUGAAGGAAAGCGAGUAUGUGCAGACUGCCGUGUACAAGUUGAGUGAAACAGGGCAAGCCAUUGAUGCAGGAGAUUACAGCAAAGCAACCGCGGUCUUUGCACAACAAAACGGCGAUUGGGUCCGUAACAUUCAGGCGGCGAUAGACAAGGUGAGUUCUAAUUCGAGUGAGGAGGCUGCGGCUAGCACUUUCCGUUCUUCCUUAGCUUCGCUUGAAGCAGCAGUGAAGUCGGGCGAUUUUAAGUCGUCAAGAGUUGCGUUCAUCGCCUCAGCAGAGGCAUUGGAUAAGUGGGCAAGACUUACCGGAUUGGCAGAGAAAGUGGUGGGAUUGUAAAUAACAGCGCCAGGUCGCAUGCAAUGUCUGGUAACUCUGCUCAUGUGCUUGAACUCUGGUCUGUUAGCAUUGGUGAUCCAAAACCAUCUAAGGUUUAGUAGAUUUCAAUCCAAUUUUUUCUGGCGUAGACAUUGUCGCGUUAAACGUCCAAAAUCAGCAGCUUUUUGCUUGUGGGAGACGGUGCGCUAGAGCUUUUUGUAGAGUGUUCUUUUCGCCUAUCUUAUCCGCUAGAUAGAGAAGUAAUCAAUCUUCUCUGCUGAAGGUCAUUUGAACCAACAUGUACCAUUUCCAAAUGACAGGGCGAUUUCACAUCA